AUGUUUCGUGUCAACCAUCGUCAAGUACUCAUAUCCUUUUGGUCCUCGCCAAUCAAGCUACGCCAUUAUUCUAGCAAAAGUUUACUAAAUACAAACCAAAGCGACCCACAGCUCAAUUUCCGUAAUUUUGUCGAAGUGCUUCGCAAAGAUGGAGAUAUUGCCGAUAUUCGUGAAGAAGUUGAUCCCGAUCUCGAAGUCGGAGCGAUUGUGAGAAGAGUCAGCGAGACCAACGCUAAAGCGCCGCUUUUCCACAAUGUCAAAGGCGCUCGAGAUGGCUUGUGGAAGAUGUUCGGAAACGCUGCCAGCCUUCGAAAGGACGACAAGUUCAGAUACGGUCGAAUCGCACGUAGUCUCGGUCUGCCUCCCGACUCGAGCUGGAAGGAUAUUCUUACAAAGAUGCGACUUGCUACACAUCGAGAUCCUUUGCCUCCAAAUAUUCUUUCGACGGGCCCAUGCAAACAAAACAAGAUUUUUGGGGAUGACAUAGACCUGACGGGUCUACCAGUUCCGUUACUGCAUCAAGGCGAUGGCGGCAAAUAUCUUCAAACCUGGGGAGUGCAUGUUUUGGAGACGCCGGAUAAAUCAUGGACGAACUGGUCUAUUUUUCGAGGUAUGGUUCAUGAUAAGAGACGUUUGGCAUGCCUCGUCAUUCCUGGGCAACACAACUCCAUGAUCCGGGAUCAGUGGCUGAAACAGGGCAAAGAUGAAAUCCCGUGGGCUCUAGCCCUUGGGGCUCCACCAGCAGCAAGCAUUGCUGCGUCGAUUCCUCUACCACCUGGUGUUUCAGAGGGAGAAUACGUGAGCGCCCUGACUGGGAAGCCACUUGACAUGGUGAAAUGCGAACUGAGUGAUCUUCUUGUUCCUGCAAACAGCGAGAUCAUCAUUGAAGGCACAUUUUCUCUCAAGGAUAAGGCUCUCGAGGGCCCGUUUGAGGACUACAUUGGUAUGCAUUUUGAGGGUGAAGCAGGAAAUCAGCCCCUCUUUACUAUUAAUGCCAUUACCCAUAGGGACCAUGCCAUUUUGCCAGUUUCUGUACCCGGCCGACUAACAGAUGAAUCGCACACAACGGCUUCAAUGGCAUCAGUUCAGCUUUUAGAAGAAUUGCAAGAACAUAAUCUUCCCAUCAAAGAUGCAGUCGCGCCUCUGGAAACCCUUGCAACAUGGUGCAUACUACAGGUUGACAAUGGAAAGCUGGCCGAGAUGAAGACGAACCCCGAUGAACUCUGCAGAAAGAUUGGCGACAUAGCCUUCAAGGCUAAAGCAACCAUGUUAAUUAACCGCAUUUUGUUGAUCGGAGAUGAUGUAAACAUCCACAACUGGGGCGAUGUCAUAUGGGCAUACACGUCGCGUUGCCGACCAGGUAUUGACGAAUAUGUGUUUGACGAGGUGAUGGGUCUUGCUCUGACUCCCUAUCGGAAAUAUGGUCGUGGAAGUUCUGUAAAAGGAGGCAAAAUGGUAUCCAAUUGCCUUUUAGCUAUGGAAUACGAUGGAAACAGAAUCUUUAGGGGUGUGGAUUUUCGUUCUUCAUAUCCCCGGGAGCUUCAGGAAAAGGUCGAAGGAAGGUGGGCGCAAAUGGGAUUUGAUUAA